CUCCCGCCUCCGUCUCCCCCCCGCACUCAAUCGCCUCGCCGCCGUUCCCCGCAACCCCCUGUCGACCCAAUCUCACAUCACCCGACGCCUCGUCCUCUCCAGAUCUUACGCCCGCCCGCCCGCCCGCCCGAGCUGGUAGCAGCAACUGUUCUGCUGCAGUCCGCCAAAAGGAAAUGGUGCUCUACACAAUCAACUCCCAUGCCCAAAUCCAAGACCUGCAGGCCCACUCCGAUGAGCUGGGCCACUCCAAUAAUCCCAUGCUUGUGAAGCUUGUCUCUCUGGAGUCGGUGCGCAUAGCGCGCGAGUCGUAUGCACUCCUCCGCCCGCUGAUCAUGGACGUGAUGUUCUGGCCAUGCCCGGAGAUGGAAAUCCUCUUGGUCGUGGCAGGCUUGUCGCUGGAAAUCCAAAUGCUCGAGCGUGAUGUGUUACCCAAGCUCAUGGUUCAGGAGGCCAAGCUGGAACGGGGCGCCCUGCAAGCCCUCCUACUCAUGAAGAACUCAGCAAUUGCGCUCUCACAUCUGAGGAAGUGCUUUAAGUUAGCCUUGGGCGUAUUGGCCGAGGAGGAUCUGGUCUCACCCCGAGUCGAAAAGCUGAGCAUAAUGCUAGAGGAUACUGCUGUUCAUGUACUUGAAGGUAAUUGCAACAUGCUUUAGGAGUCUGUCCCGUUGCUGGUCCAGCAGGUCACCCAUGUGUUGGAGACCCCGGUUUGUUUCUCUGAUCCUGAUGAGUGGAAGAGUGAUGAUGAGUAGACUUAUCAGCCAGCUCGAGGCUGUUGUGAUGAGUAUUUCUUAGGGGGUGGCAAACAGUUUAGAACCAACCCUUUUAUGUUUGGAUGUGUUAUUAAUGGAUUUUAAGUGAUAUGUAUCUUGGGUAGUGUUUUCUCAUUCA